UAUAUUUUUAUAUAUGUAUGCGUUUGUUUCUGUGUGUGUUUUGAGUGCGUGCGAUAUUGAUUUUUAUCCAGGCAACGUUGACUGUUGAUCGCCCAUUGUUGAAACCCUAAAUUUUGUUUUAUAUGUGGACUUGUUGAAUUGGACUGUUUAUCUUGGGGAAGAAACGCCUUUUCUGUUUUAAUUGAAAUGAAUUGAACGAAUUGAUUAAUAAUUUUGAAUUUUGUUUUGGUUUUUGAUGAUCGAAGGGAUAGGUCUUAAUAGCGAUCGAUUGUACUGAAUUAUGGUUUUGGAUUGGAUUAUUUUCUGGAUUGGAAUUUGACCUUUUUGGUUUUUUCGAAACCCUAAUAUUAAAUUUAUAUAAGCUUGAAGAGCUAUGUGUUGUUUAUUUGACUUGAUCAAAUUCUGAUGUUUAGUACUGAAAAUUGAAGCGAUAAACUGCAAUUUAUUUCAUGUUACGGUUUAAGUUUCCGAGGCUGGGGUAAUUACAAUAACAUGACGAGAUUCAGUAACGAGAUUUAUGUUCUAGAUAUUUCUAUUCAAUUUGAUUUUACAGUCUUCUUAGGAUGAAUAUGCAGCUUUAAUAUGGUUAUGAAAUCUGAACUCUAAAUACUGAAUUUAAUUGUCGAACAAAGAGCGGUCGUUUCCAGAUUUUACUUGCUACCAUCAGUGCAGAAUUUGUUCAAACAAUAUAAAUGUAGUUUUACUCAUGCAAAUGAAUGAAAAGAAGAAAGGCAGGGUUAUUGUUGAUGUAGUAGCUUGGUGUGUUAAGAGAGCCUCUGGCAAAAACUGAUGUGUUUUGAAUUUUAUCAUUUAUUAACACUUUCAAGUCUCACAUACUUCUGGAAUGUGCAGCGAGAAAAUACUAGUUUGGAUCGGAGAAAGCAGAGGUCAGAGUAUGUUAUUGUGAUGAAAAGCUGACUGUUUGAAGGAUAUGCUAUGAAGGAGGGCGUGAAACAGGAGUUGUCUUUUCCAUUUCAAAACUCAGUGAACAAUGAAAGUAAUGAAGGCCAUGCGUUUUAUCAAGCAUCUGCCCCUCAUGAAUCCCCCUUUUCACCUAUUCACUGGAAUGGAGUUGGAGUCGCUUUUCCACCUCGUUAUUACAAUCCAAAUGUAUCAUACCCUGGAUUCAACAAUCCAACCGCAUCCACUACGGGCUAUAAAUUUUCAAACUGUUAUCCGAUAGGAGGUUCUCCCUUGUUGGUUCCUCCCAAUGGCAAUAACAGUCCUCCACUGGUAUAUCGAAAACGAUUUCCUGAAAAGGUUUUUUCUCCCGAGCAUAAAUCAUCUGUCACAAUGAAUUCUGAUUCAGGGUGUUCUCCUGAUAAUGAACCCCUUGAACUUGGAGCGACUUUUGCUGUCAGGUCUUUCUCUGAGCCAAUACCAGGUAGUUCAGAUUGGAUUAAACCCAACGAAUUUGUAGAGAACAAUCACAAGAUUAAUCAUGUUGGUCCUCAAUCUCUGUUGGGGGAUAAUCUGGAGCUACAUGAAUAUAAGGCUUGGUUGUCUGGACACAACUCUAUGUUUAUUCCAGAAGAUACUAAUGCUCUAUCUGGCACGGUUUUCAAUCAGCCCAAAUUAAGCCAUGAAUGGUCAUCCAACUUUGAGCCUCAGGCACAUCAAUCAAACCCAUGUCAUCUGCAGUCUUGUCCACCUCCUGCACACUUUGAUGGCUCUUUGGAGCGCCAGAUGUAUGGGUGCAGUGUGGUGAAUCAAAAGUUUCAGAAUGAAGUAUCAGGAGAGAGUUCAUUGGUUCUGUCCCGGCCACCCUUGGCACCAAAUCACAGAUCUCAGCAACACGGAUUUUCUAAUGUUCAAGCUUCGAAAACCACAAGUUCAAGAGGGUCUGUGCACAGACUCCUAGUUUUGUAUCUCAUCUUCAGAAGCAAGCAACUAGAUGUCAUCAGAAGCCAACAGGAAUAUGUGGAUUAUCUACAUUUGGUAGUGUGUAGGGGCUUAGAUUGUAAAUGUAACAAGUACCGUGCUCUGGUAUCCCACUUUGAUAAUUGUCAAACCACUGACUGUAAAAUAUGUGGGCCAGUUCAUCAGAUUUUCCAUAACAAGAAAAUUAAGUCAGUGCCUGCUUCCAGUCCGUACUCUACUGACAAAAUGACCACGGUAUCUGAAAAUCCAAGAGGAUGUGUUAUAGGAAACCCCCAUCCUAGAGAUUUCACUUUUCAGGAGACUCAACCUGAUCCUAAACGUUUGAAGAUAGAGGCUGUUCCGCGUGAUGAUUGGUCUCUGAGUUCAGUUGUGCUUUCGUGCUCAGAGCUGCAAGCCGGGUGUCUAUUGGAUGAUGAGGAAAAUACAGCGAAGAUGAACAAGGAGCUGUUAAGUUCUAAUGAAGGCUCACCAGGUGUAAUAUGGAAUGGUGAUGCAGAUAAUGGUGGACCGGAGACUGAAACUAUCUGCUUCAGUAUGACUGAUGGACUCUUAGGCCUGGGGCAGUCAUCUGAAGACCCUAGAAACUCAGCCGCAUUGAAUAAUGUUGCCUUGUCUCAUUCUGAAGAGUUCAAUUUUGUGGACAAACAUCAGGAGUUGGACUGUGACAAUACUGGCAACAUCAAAUGUGAUGUAACUUCUAGUUGUCAAAGUUUGAAUUCCGAUGGCAUUUCUAUUCUUCCUGAAGAACCAGCAAUUGAUCCAGGAGAGGAAACCACACUAAUGUCUGUGACUGAAAAUGUGUGCUUCAGUAAAACUGAUGGACUCUUAGGCCUGGGGCAGUCAUCUGAAGACCCUAGAAACUCAGCCGCACUGAAAAAUGUUACCUUGUCUCAUUCUGAAGGGUUCAAUUUGGUGGAUAAACACCAGGAGAUGGACUGUGACAAUACUAGCAAUAUCAAAUGUGAUGUAACUUUUAGUUGUCAAAGUUUGGAUCCCGAUGGCGUUUCUAUUCUUCCUGAAGAACCAGCGACUGAUCCAGGAGAGAAAACCAAAAUAAUUUCUGUGGCUGAGCAUGAUAGAAUAGAUACAAACUGUGAUUCAUCUAAUUCUGAUUAUCAAUACGGCACAAAGCUGGAAGAGUUGAAAGGAUCAGGUGUUUCGUUAACUGAUGCCUUCACAGCCGAGCAAAUUAAAAUGCAUUUGGAUAGUCUCCGUCAAUGUACCAUCCCGAAUGCCGAGAAGGAAUUAUCUGGGGACAAAACUGCGCAAACCGCUGGGGCAAAUUCCUGUCAAUUAUGUCUUGUGGAUGUGCUCGCUUUUGCUGGUCCGCCUAUGUAUUGUUCAUGGUGCCAACUUCUAAUCAAGCACAAGUUAAAUUAUUAUUGGGCGACAGAUGAAUCGGGUACGCAAUACUGCUUUUGUAACUCAUGCUUCAGCCAUUCUCGUGGUGGUAGAAUCUCAAGUACGGGUGGGCUCACAUUUUCCAAAGCAAAACUUCAGAAGGCCAAAAAUACCACCGAACUUGACGAACCGUGGGUACAGUGUGACAAAUGUGAAAGAUGGCAACAUCAGGUUUGUGCUCUUUAUAAUUCAAAACGAGAUUUGGAAGGGAAAGUGGACUACAUUUGUCCAAAGUGUCGUUUAGCCGAGAUAGAAGCAAAAAAGCAUGUUCCCAUACCUCCAGCAACUGGGGCACGAGAUCUCCCUAGAACCAAGCUUAGUGAUCACAUAGAGCAAAGACUUCUCAGGAGCCUCGAGCAUGAGAGAAAACAAAGGGCAGAGUUAAUAGGGAAGUCCCCAGAAGAGGUACCUGGAGCAGCAGAUCUCGUAGUUAGAGUGGUUUUGGCUGUCAAUAAACAAUUAGAAGUGAAGCAGGAGUUUUUAGAUAUUAUCCCAGGUGAAAGUUAUCCGACCAAGUUUUCAUAUAAAUCUAAGGUGAUCUUGUUGUUUCAAAAGGUUGAAUGUGUUGAUGUCUGUCUCUUUUCCAUGUAUGUCCAAGAAUAUGGAUCAGACUGCGGGAACCCGAAUAAGCGUUCUAUAUAUAUUUCGUAUCUUGAUUCAGUGAAGUAUUUUACUCCUGAAAUAAAAACCGUUGCUGGUGUGGCUCUGCGUACCAUUGUAUAUCACGAAAUACUGAUUGGAUAUCUUGAUUACUGCAAGCAAUAUGGUUUCAAAACUUGCUACAUAUGGGCUUGCCCACCUAGAAAAGGGGAAGAUUACAUACUAUAUUGUCAUCCUGAGACUCAGAAAAGACCAGACGACAAUAGGCUUUCUCAAUGGUACAAGAAGAUGCUAAAAAAAGCUAAGCAAGACAAUGUUGUGGUGGAAUAUACUAAUUUCUACGAGCACUUCUUUAUUCCGAGUGGAGAAUGCAACAGCAAGAUAACAGCAGCUCGGUUACCUUAUUUUGAUGGAGAUUAUUGGUCUGGUGAAAUCGAGCAUCAUGUACGAAACUCUGAAAAGAACGAAGGAGGAGAUUCUGAGAGAAAGUUGAAAACCCAAAUGACAAGAAGAACUUUAAAAGCAAUGGGACAUACUGAUACGACAGAAGAUGUUCGAGCUAUGCAAGAACUCGGAGCUAAAAUCCAUCACAAAAAGGAUGACUUCUUCGUUGUCCACUUGCAGUUCAUUUGCACAAACUGCAAUGAAGCAAUUCUGUCUGGAAGUCGUUGGUCUUGUAACCAAUGCAGCAAAUUUCAUCUAUGUAGCAGAUGCUUUGAACUGAAGAAAACUCCCGAUGGACUGGAAACACUCAAAACUUGUCGUGGCAAAAAACACCAACUCUGGCAGAUUGCAGUGAGUGGUGUAGCUGCUGAUACUGAGGACAACGAUGUUAUUUUGCAUAAUGAGUUCCUUGACAACAGACACUCUUUCUUGGACUUCUGUCAGAAAAAUAAUUACCAAUUUGACUCACUUCGUCGUGCUAAGUAUUCAUCUAUGAUGAUCCUGCACCAUCUCCAUAAAAUGAGUACAUUUACUACACAAACUAUUUGCAGCAUUUGUCACCAUGAACCGGUGGUGAGGUGGCAUUGUGAGAUAUGCUCCGAGUUUCAUGCUUGCAAUGCAUGUUAUCAAAAGGAGGGGGACAGAUGUCACAUUCACAAGUUAGUUCAGCAAUCAAGGAAAGCUGAUUGUAGAACAAAUACUGAACAUAUUCAACAGCAAGGACAAUUGAAGAUUAGGUGGUUGCUGAAUGUUCUAGAACAUGCAAAUCAAUGUGGAGCAACUAAAGACAACCCUUGUACUUAUCCCAACUGUCAUGAUAUGAAGAUUCUUUUCUUGCACGGUGCCAAAUGCCAACUCCGUUUACCUGGUGGUUGCAGACACUGUAGGAGAAUCUGGUUCUUGCUCGAUUUGCACUCAAAAAUUUGCAGAAUUUCUAAUUGCGGUAUCCCUCGUUGCAUGGAUAUUAAAAGGCAUAAACAAAUGAUUGCUACACAAUCUGACCUUCAGCGAAGAGCUCUGCUGCAUUCACAGGUAUAAGGUUGCAGGGCCAGCCCUAAGGGCAAUCAACACAUAGUCAUAUACGGUCGCUUUCGACCCCUGAAGAGUAAAAGUAAACUUAAACUGUACAGUUCUAAUUUUUAAUUUUGAUAAAAGAAUAAUAUUAUUUAGGGUCUUGUGCAUAUUACAUAAUCUCAGUAAUAUAAACAUUUAUUCACUUGGAAAGAAAAAAUAAAAUUACUUCAA